GAGGAGGGGGUUUAGCCAGAGUAGAGGCAAAAGCAAUCCCCCACCCCCAGCCUCCCUUCCCCGCACACACACACAUCCCCACACUCACACCCCACCCCCUAGUCUGGCUGGGAAUUUGAACCGAUCCAGCCUGUUUAAACGGAAAGGACACAGAUCUUCAAUGUAAAAAAAAAAAUCAGAUCAGACCCAGAGAGAGAGAGAGACGGAGAGGGAGGAGUGUGUGUGUGUGUGAGUGUGUGUGUGUGUGUGUGUGAAAGAGGGAGAGGGAGCGAGAGAGCGAGAGAGAGGGAGAGAGAGAGAGGGAGAGAGGGAGGGAGAGAGAAAAGAAGAGGGGGAAAAAAAGGAAAGAAGAUUUUCUCUAUGUAUAUAAAGAUGGCCACGUUAGCAAACGGACAACCAGACAAUACCAGCCUGAGUAGCAAUCACAGCAACCCCAGCACCAACGGGCAUAUGAACGGAUUAAACCAUAGUCCCGGAAACCCAUCCACCAUCCCAAUGAAGGACCACGAUGCCAUUAAGCUCUUUAUUGGGCAGAUCCCCCGUAACCUGGACGAGAAAGACCUCAAACCGCUCUUCGAGGAGUUCGGGAAGAUCUAUGAACUGACGGUGCUGAAGGACAGGUUCACUGGCAUGCACAAAGGCUGUGCCUUCCUAACAUACUGCGAAAGGGAGUCUGCUCUAAAGGCCCAGAGUGCACUGCAUGAACAGAAGACACUGCCAGGGAUGAACAGACCGAUCCAGGUGAAACCAGCGGACAGCGAAAGCCGAGGAGAAGACAGAAAACUCUUUGUGGGCAUGCUCAAUAAGCAGCAGUCAGAAGAUGACGUGCGCAGGCUAUUCGAGGCAUUUGGCAACAUCGAGGAGUGCACAAUCCUACGGGGACCUGAUGGCAACAGCAAAGGGUGUGCAUUUGUGAAAUACUCUUCACAUGCGGAGGCCCAAGCAGCCAUCAAUGCCUUACAUGGCAGCCAGACAAUGCCGGGAGCCUCUUCAAGCCUGGUGGUGAAGUUUGCAGAUACAGACAAGGAGCGUACAAUGAGACGCAUGCAACAAAUGGCAGGACAAAUGGGCAUGUUCAACCCCAUGGCCAUCCAGUUUGGAGCAUAUGGCGCCUAUGCACAGGCACUGAUGCAGCAGCAAGCCGCGAUCAUGGCGUCGGUGGCGCAGGGCGGCUACCUGAACCCCAUGGCAGCCUUUGCUGCAGCCCAGAUGCAGCAGAUGGCGGCUCUGAACAUGAAUGGCCUGGCAGCCACCCCCAUGACACCAACCUCAGGUGGAAGCACGCCUCCUGGCAUAACUGCACCAGCUGCUAGCAUCCCAUCUCCAAUUGGGGUGAAUGGUUUCACUGGCCUCCCGCCGCAGGCUAAUGGGCAGCCCGCCGCAGAAGCCGUGUUUGCUAAUGGCAUCCACCCUUACCCAGCACAGAGCCCCACUGCAGCAGACCCCUUGCAGCAAGCCUACGCUGGAGUGCAGCAGUACGCAGGUCCUGCUUAUCCUGCUGCUUAUGGCCAGAUUAGCCAAGCGUUCCCACAGCCGCCUCCUAUGAUCCCACAGCAACAGAGAGAAGGACCAGAGGGCUGUAACCUGUUUAUCUACCAUCUGCCCCAGGAGUUUGGGGAUGCUGAGCUGAUGCAGAUGUUCCUGCCUUUCGGUUUUGUGAGUUUUGACAAUCCUGCCAGUGCCCAAGCUGCUAUCCAGGCUAUGAAUGGCUUCCAGAUUGGCAUGAAGAGGCUGAAGGUGCAGCUGAAGAGGCCAAAGGAUGCUAAUCGUCCCUACUGAAGAGUUAUGGGAACCACUGGAUACAAAGCACUAGCACAGGGCAGCAGCUGAAUGGGCCACAUUUA